AUGUCAGCCAUACCAUCUCCCGCGUCGCGACCAGUUGUCGCCAUUGCCGGAGCCACAGGUCAUCUUGGCAAAAAUAUUGCUACGGCGUUGCUUUCUACACUGUUCCGUGAUCAAUUCUCCGAGGUCAUCCUCUUGUCGCGCAAUGGCUCAUCUCCGACUUUUCCAGGCCUGGAUGCCAGAUUUUUAGUUCGAAAGUACGACGAGAACAAUCUGGCAGAGGCUCUCGAGGGCGUCCAAGUCCUCGUCAAUGCAGUUGGGCCUUCAGGACACUCGUUCAAGGAAAAGAUUGUCGAGGCCAUACCGCAGACAGAUGUUCAGCUUUACUUUCCCUCGGAGUUCGGGGUUGAUCACUACCUUCAUGACUUCGUGCACUCGGAGUGGGAUCAGAAAAAGAAACACUUUCACCUGACCCAGCAAUUACUUUCUCCCAAGAUAAGGGUCUGUCGGGUCUUCUGUGGCCUCUUCUUGGAUGACAGCAUUGGGCCAUGGUUUGGAUUUAAUACAGUAAAUGGAAAGUAUGAAAGUGUCGGCUCAUCCGAUACUGGGAUUUCCUUCACAUCCCUCGAGGAUGUCGGGAAGACCGUUGCUUCGCUGGCAAGCCUACCUGCCGAAAGUGUCCCAAAGACCCUUCAUAUUGGGGGUGAUACUCACUCUUUUUCCGAGAUUGCGAGCAUCAUGGAAGCGGCAGGUGCAGGGCGCAUUGAAGUGACUGAAACUCCUCUUCAAAAGUACAAGGCAGAGACAACUCGUACAACUUCCUGGGAUCCCGCGAAUUAUUUACGGUUUUUGAUGGGGGAAGGAAAAAUCAAUCACACUGUUGGUCAUCUAGGCUGUGACAACGAGCUGGUGAAUCCGAAGCAAGAGCUGUGGCAGUGGCGAAAGCUAACUGACUUGGCCAAAGAAACCAAGGGGCAGCCAUGGAAGGAUCUCCCGUGGCCACCACAGUAG